CCUGGUUACAGUCGACAACAGACACAAGCAGAGCUGGUCCCACUGGGCUGCAGGGGUUUGAAUGUAGACGGCUUUGACUCUUUGGAUUAACUCCACCUGCACCUCCACCUUCAUCAGCAUGGAUCUGCUCCUGGAUUCUGGAUAACUGGACCGGAUUACUAUUGAGUCAUGGUUUAAGUGUUUUUUACUGUCAUUGUAAAAGGAAAAGCCCAUAAACCCCAGAGUGUGGUCAUGUCAGUGGCCGCCAUCGGACACUUCCUGAGGGGGAAGUGGAUGCAGAAGUCCCAGGACCCCCCCCCAGAGAAGCACCAGGCCUCAGGGGGGGUCCAGCCCCGGCACCCGGAGGAUGACGACGACGAUGAUGAUGACGAAGCCACCGUCGGGUUCAGCAGAGAACCGAUCCGAAGAAACUCCCGCUUUUACCGCUCAAUGAGAAAGAAGAGGCUGGUGUCAGCAGAGACGCCGGAAAGUUCUCCUGGACUGGGUUCAGACCGGAGUCCAUCCAGCAGAAGAACAGGCUCCUCCUCCUCCUCACAUUUGCCCAAUAAAUCACCUCUGCUGCCGGGGGCCAGGCGCCCCCAGUCUUCGCCACAGCUCCAUCAUCACUCCAGAGCGGUGUUGCCAAGCAAUGGUGAGUCCAGAAGCAGACACCCUCAGCACAGCAGAGAUGCUCUGGAUAGGAGACGAGCAGGAGUGGGAGGAGGAGGGCGGAACGUGGACAGAUCGAGUGCAGUUUCCUCCAGCAGCAGCAGCCAGUCCACAGACAUGAUCACAUACCGGACCCACGGCAUCCACUCAGGAGACAUCCACCAGCUGUCCGAGCACACGGCCAAAGCCUGCAGCGUCCAGGAGGAAAGGGGAGGAGCCAUGAGCGCCACGGAGAUGCACCACGACCACGGCAACCCCAGGUUGCUCAGUAAUGGAGACAGUUCCCAGACCAUCGUCCACAGCCUCAACAUCGUCAAAAGCAUCGCCGUCCUCUACCAGGAGUACAGGGACACAUCCAAGCAGCAGGAGAUCGAACAGCGGCGGCAGAGGGACAACCUGUCCCCGGCCGACGUGACCCGGGCGGGGCUGCCGGAGUCGGGCGUGGUGUCAGCGCCGGUCCUGCAGCUGCAGCUGAGGAACAGCGCCCGCUCCCUGAGCCUGUGGCAGAACCUGGAGGCGGUCCAGAACAGCGGACUGUUGGAGCAGCUGCCCCAGAAGGAGGUCAUCAUGCAGGAGGCCAUGUUUGAGCUCGUUACCUCCGAAGCCUCCUACUACAAGAGUCUGGAGAUUCUAGAGACUCACUUCCUGCGGAACCCAGUUUUAAUCCACACACUCAGCCAGUCCGACAUGCAUUUUCUGUUCUCCAACAUCGAGGAAGUCAUGAAAGCUAGUGAGAGAUUCCUGAUGGAUCUCGAACACAGAAUUGAAGAGUCCAUUUUGAUUUCCGACGUGUGUGACAUCGUGUUCCAUCACGCCGUGGAACACUUCGGCGUCUUCAUCUCCUACGUCAUUAAUCAGGUUUACCAGGAGAAGAACUACAGACGGAUCCUAGAGGGAAACCAGGCGUUUCGUGAGGCUAUGGCUAGUCUGGAGAAUCACCCCCGAGUCCGAGGUCUGUCCUUUACUUCAUUUCUCAUCCUGCCGUUCCAAAGGAUCACCAGGCUGAAGCUGCUCGUACAAAAUAUUCUGAAAAAAGUCGAGGAGAAUUCUGAGAGGGAAUCAAACGCCAUUAAAGCACAUCAGCAGCUGGAGCAGAUUGUGAAGGAGUGUAAUGAAGGAGUUCGAAAAAUGAGUCGCACUGAGGAGCUCAUCAGCAUCGAGAAAACACUGGAGUUUAAGUCCAAGUCGGUGCCCAUCAUUUCCCACUCCCGCUGGUUGUUAAAAAAGGGUGAAGUGCAGCUGAUGGCUGGACCCAAAAGCACCAGGACCAUGAAAAGCCGUAAGCUCUACCAUCCAGUUUUCCUCUUCCUGUUUAAUAACCUUCUGCUGGUCACCAAACGCAGCUCUGGUGGAGACAAGUUCCAGGUCCUGGAUUCUUGUACCCGGGCCAUGUUAAGGACUGAGGACCUGGAGGACCAGGGUCAGCUUCUGGCCAACGUCUUCAACCUGAAGCUGCUGGAAAACCAGGAGGAGCGACCGGUCAGCUACAUGCUGAAGACCAGCAGCAUGAGUGAUAAGCUUCGAUGGGUGUGUGCGUUGACCCCCAACCGACGCACACGCUUCAUGUCCACCAGCGCCCACCAGCCAGACUCUCCACAGGUCCAGUGUAUUCAGUCGUAUUCGUCUCAGGAACCAGAUGAACUGUCCAUCGAGAUGGCAGACGUGUUGAACCUGCUGGAGAGAACAGAUGAUGGGUGGAUGAUGGGGGAGAGGCUCCACGACGGUGAACGGGGCUGGUUCCCCAGUCGGGUCGUCGAGGAGAUCCAGAGUAAGGAGGUCCGAGUGCAGAACCUCCGAGAGGCCUUCAGGAUCCAGCAGGCCCAGGAGGGCGUCGGGGGAGGCCCUCAGACCGGAUCCAGGGCCGGGUUAAGGGCGGGACGACGCACCCCGAAGAACUUCUCCAACUCCUUUAACCAAAUGGGGGGAGAGUGAGUCGGUAACCAUGACGACAGGAGAACGCCCCCCCCUCAGGUUCAGAUGAAACUCCUUCCAACACAGACUCUGUACAGACCAUGAAGCAUGUUUAAGUCCAUGUCCAAUGGAGGCGUUAAACCCUCAACCUCCACAUUCACCAGAACUAAAGGUCACCGCAGUACCUUUGAGCAAAGCACGGAUCAGACCCAUUAGAACCUGACACUCACUGGUGACUUCACCUUUAUUCAGUCGUUCACUUUGGUUUUUUAUUUCACUUUAUUUGAAUAGUUGUAAAAGUGCUGAAGUAUUUCUGUGUUCAUUUAUAAAGAAUCAAACCGUUUGACUUUUAGGUUUUAGGAGGAAGGCUUUGGUUUGAAGCUGACAGAGGCUGUAGAUGUCAAAUAUAAUUUAUAAAAUAACUUUGAAUAAAUACCUUUUUAUCUACAGCCUCAUACUGUAGAACUAUGGGACCUAGAACGUUCACCAUGAACUCCUGAUAUAAGAGUAACACCAGAUUUGAUCUGUUUCCUUUGUUUGUUUUGUUUAUUUUAGUUUUUCUUUUAGUGAAGGAGGUUUUGUUUUCAGUCUUUAGGCCAUUUCAUCCCAAACAACAAUUAUGAGAAGCAUUUUGAGAAAUGUUUCCUUUUACUCAAAAAAAUCCUGUUUGACUCCAUUUUUUUCUCAAAGUUUUUUUUUUCCAGAAUGAAGCACAGAAAUCCAUGUCGUUAGCCUGAGAGCAAAACUGCCUAAGUUUUAUUUUUUUCCAGCACAUAUCCAAUUAUACAAAAUAAUUAAGCAGUGUUAGGAGAGUAAAGUACCGCCAAUAUCACAAUUUGGCCAAAAAAUAUGAUUUA